CAAGCACCAACUAUAUCCCAGCAUCCUUAGCGUCUGUCUCCCUCUUUCCGGGAACCAAGAUGUCUAAGAGAGGACGCGGAGGUUCGUCGGGUGCGAAAUUUCGCAUCUCCCUCGGUCUCCCCGUGGGGGCUGUGAUAAACUGCGCAGACAACACAGGUGCCAAGAACCUAUACAUAAUCUCCGUAAAAGGCAUCAAGGGUCGCUUGAACAGGCUGCCAGCUGCUGGUGUUGGUGACAUGGUAAUGGCCACAGUAAAGAAAGGAAAGCCUGAACUCAGGAAGAAGGUGCAUCCGGCAGUGGUUAUACGGCAGCGGAAAUCGUAUAGGAGAAAAGACGGGGUGUUCUUAUACUUUGAGGACAAUGCGGGAGUGAUAGUAAACAAUAAAGGAGAAAUGAAAGGUUCAGCUAUCACAGGCCCUGUGGCAAAGGAAUGUGCGGACUUGUGGCCCAGAAUUGCAUCCAAUGCUGGAAGUAUUGCGUGAUCAUGUCAUCCCUUUGUAAAAUAAAUUGUGGUUGUAACAAAGUAAA